GUUUGAUGCUCCUUCCAGCAAACAGUCUGACAACAGGUACCGGAAUAUUUCCCAUAAUCGUUGCGUAUACGUUUGUCGGGGUGGUGGUUUACCUGGUUUUGUGUGCGACUGGAGAAGUGGCAUCAUGGUCUUCAGUCCAGUCCACAGUAGCUGGCCAUGCGGUUCGGUUUUGUGAUCCUGCUUUGGGCUUUGCGAUCAGUUGGAUAUACUGGUUGAAAUACGUCGUCGUCGUCCCGAAUCAAUUGACAGCUGCUGCAUCAUUGAUCUCGUUCUGGGCGGAGACACAGCGCGUCAACGCUGGAGUUUGGAUUACCGCGUUCUUGAUCAUCAUUAUUACCGCGAAUUACUAUGCAUCACCAUUUUUCGGGACAUAUGAAGUCGUAUUGUCGUCCUUUAAGAUACUCGUGGUGUUGGGGAUUGUCAUACUGUGCGUCGCUCUUGCGGUUGGAAUCCGUCCCGAAGCUUUACAUUGGAGAGAUUCUAAUCUCUACAAUGAAGAUGCUGAAUGGCCUGAGCAUCUUUAUGCCUUUUGUGACACUCUGCCGUCUGCAAUACUCGCCUAUCUGGGCAGUGAAAUGAUCGGGAUGACAAUUGUACAGACGCAAGACCCUCGCAAGACUACUGCACGUGCAAUUAGAUUGACGUCCUACCGGAUCGUGGUACUCAACAUUGUCAGCUUCAUCGUCGUGGCGGUACUUGCCCUUAAUGGUUUAGUCAAGUCGAAUGAGAAUGGCAAUAUUCCCAUGUCAGCUUUUCUGGUGGCGAUCCAAAUGGCGGGCAUUCCAGUGCUUCCACACAUUGUCAAUGCCUGCAUUUUGCUGUUUGCACUGUCAUCUGCUACUUCUGGCCUUCACGUGGCAACUGGAACGUUGUACCGAAUGUCCCUCGAUAAAAAGGCCCCUGCCUGUUUAUCUUUCACAGAUCGACGAGGUAUUCCCAUCUCUGGGCUGUGCCUGUCUUCCUGUCUGGCAACGCUGGCCUAUUUGAAUGUCUUUGCCGACUCCAAGUUCCUCUUUCGCUACUUUAUGAACCUCGUCACCAUGCUCAGUAUUUUAACGUGGGUCUCCGUCCUUGCCACGCAUCUUUCAUUUGACCAAGCUCGGAGAGCGCAAAGGAUCCCAGAUGAGGUCCUGGUCUUCAAAGCACCACUGGGACAGCUUGGGUCAUGGGUUGCGCUCGUCUCAUGCGUCAUGAUCACUCUGUUCAGGACCUUUGAUGUCUUCAACCAUCACGGAGUUGAUUACACGGCGUUUGCAACUUCGUACUUGGGCCUUCCUCUCUACUUCUCGCUCAUCAUCGGAUAUAAAGCCACCACUCGGUGCAGGAAAGUCGACCCUACCGAGGCAGGUCUUUUCAAUCACGCAGCACCCAUUGAAGCGCCAAGGUCUGGUUCUUUGAGUGUGGGGUUUGAGAAAUCGUUUGAUGCGCAUAAGCAGCGAGUGAAGCAGUUUGUGAAAUUAUGGGUACUUUGACAUCGGUUACAGAUGAACUGUUCAUAUUGGGGGGAGGUGAGCCAUUCAGUUCUCAUGGAAGAACAAUGUUAGUGGUGGGAGAUAGGAUUGAUCGUUUACUUUGGUUGAAUUGAGGCAUUAUUAUUGUUUAG